AUGGGACAAGAUUUAACCACCCCUCUUAGCCUUACUUUAGAUCAUUGGCGCGAGGUGAAGACCAGAGCCUCCAAUCAAUCAGUGGAGAUCAAGAAAAACAAGUGGACCGCCCUGUGUUCAUCCGAGUGGCCCACCUUUGACGUCGGGUGGCCACGCAAUGGCACUUUUGACUUGAACCUUAUUUCCCAGGUCAAGGCGCGAGUCUUCAGACCAGGACCCUAUGGACAUCCAGAUCAGAUUCCAUACAUCGUCACUUGGGAAAGCCUUUCCUUUGACCCCCCUCCGUGGGUCUCCCCUUUUCUCUCUCCCAGGACAGUCCCCCAGACCCCCUCGGUGCCCUUGCCGACGGACCCCUCCCCUUCACUCUCACUCUGCCCUGUAGUGCUCAAAACCAAGCCUGUUAUCCCCCCCGAUGAUUCCGCUCUAAAUCCCCUUCUCGAAGACUCUCCUCCCCCUUACCCACCUCUGCCCCCCACGCCCAGAGCCCAGCCCCAGGUUCAAGCGCCCCCGGUUCCAGUUGUUGCAGCGAUAGAUCACACUCCCGGGACGUCCUCCCCGAUCGCUGGGAGGUUGCGAGAGCAAAGAGGACACCAAGGGGAUUCUUCUCACAUACUUCCUCUCCGGGUGGGACCAGGGCUGGGCAACCAACUUCAGUACUGGCCUUUUUCCGCCUCUGACUUGUAUAACUGGAAACAACAUAACCCGCCCUUCUCCCAAGACCCUGUAGCCCUAACUAACCUCCUGGAGUCUAUCCUUCUAACUCACCAGCCCACCUGGGAUGAUUGCCAACAGCUCCUCCAAGUCCUCCUCACGACAGAGGAGAAACAGAGGGUCAUUCUGGAAGCCCGUAAACAGGUUCCCGGGGCGGAUGGAAGACCCACCCAGCUGCCCAACGAAAUAGAAGCUGCUUUUCCCUUGACCAGACCAGAUUGGGACUUCACUACACCUGAAGGUAGGGGACACCUACGCCUUUAUCGCCAGUUGCUCACAGCGGGCCUCCGAGCAGCGGGGCGACGCCCCACCAAUUUGGCCAAGGUAAGAUCAGUAGUACAAGGGCAGGAGGAGUCACCGACGGUAUUCUUAGAGAGACUAAAGGAAGCAUAUCGGAGGUUCACCCCCUUCGAUCCAGAUAGCCCUGAGCAAGAAGUGAGUGUCUCUAUGUCCUUUAUUUGGCAGUCUGCCCCUGACAUUAAGGUGAAGCUCCAAAGAAUGGAAAACCUACAGGGACAGAGGUUACAAGAUCUACUCAGGGAAGCAGAAAAAAAUUAUAAUAAAAGAGAAACUCAAGAAGAAAGAGAAGAAAGACAAAGGAGAGAGGCAGAGGAUAGGGAAAAUGCAAGAGACAAGAGGCGAAACAAGGAAUUAAGCAGGAUACUGGCCACUGUAGUGAGAGACAGGGAAGAGUCUAGAGGAGAUAGGAAAGGAGGCAGAGGCAGGGCCCCAUUAGACAGAGACCAAUGUGCCUACUGCAAAGAGAAAGGCCACUGGGCAAGAGAUUGCCCUAAAAAGAAAUCAAGAACAAGAGAGUCCACUCUCCUAACCCUCGACUAGGGGGGUCGGGGCCAGGACCCCCCACCUGAGCCCAGGGUAACUCUUCGAGUGGGGGGCAAGCCAGUUACCUUCAUGGUAGAUACCGGUGCCCAGCACUCGGUUCUCACCCACACCACCGGACCCUUCAGCAAAAAGACGUCAUGGGUUGAAGGAGCAACUGGAGCCAAUCGAUACCGAUGGACUACCAACCAAGAAGUGCAACUGGCCACAGGUACAGUGACCCACGCUUUCCUACACGUGCCGGAUUGCCCUUACCCACUCCUGGGAAGGGACCUCCUGACCAAGCUAGGAGCCCACAUUCAUUUCAAAAAUAAGGGGGCAGUUGUGACCACGUCUAGGGGAGCCCCUCUCCAGGUGCUCACUCUUCGGCUGGAGGAUGAAUAUAGACUGUUCGAAGAGAAAAAUAAACCCUCUCCCGAUAUAGAAGGUUGGCUGUCCAAAUUUCCCGGGGCAUGGGCGGAAACGGUGAGGAUGGGACUGGCGACGAAUCAGCCUCCCCUCGUCAUUGGACUAAAAACUACAGCCAGUCCAGUGGCGAUCAAACAAUACCCACUGUCAGCUGAAGCCUAUCAAGGUAUUAAGCCCCACCUCAAAAGACUCCUAGAACAAGGAAUUCUCACCAAGUGCCAGUCCCCCUGGAACACCCCCCUGCUCCCAGUUAAGAAACACCUCCUCCAGGAAUUGGGAAAACUCGGGUACAGAGCCUCAGCAAAGAAAGCCCAGGUCUGCCAACAGGAAGUGACUUAUCUGGGGUAUAGGCUCAGAGAGGGGCAACGAUGGCUAACCCAGGCCCGUAAGGAGGCCAUCUCCAGUAUCCCAGUCCCUCGGGACCGUAGGCAAGUAAGAGAAUUUCUGGGAACAGCUGGAUUCUUCAGGUUAUGGAUUCCCAAUUUCGCUGAGAAAGCAGCCCCGCUAUAUCCCCUGACCAAAUCAGACAGCAAUUUCAUAUGGGGAGAGCAGCAGCAGUUGGCGUUUGAAAGUAUCAAGCUAGCCCUCCUCGAGUCUCCGGCCCUAGGAUUGCCAGAUUUGACUAAACCAUUUGAACUCUUCCUUGAUGAAAAACAAGGAUAUGCUAAAGGGGUCCUUACACAGAAACUAGGGCCCUGGAGGCAUCCAAUAGCAUACCUUUCUAAAAAGCUAGACCCAGAGGCGGCCGGGUGGCCACCCUGUCUUCGAGUGGCAGCCGCCCUAGCAAUCCUGGUCAAGGACGCCAACAAGUUAACUUUGGGACAGCCCCUGGUGGUCCGAGCACCUCAUGCGGUCGAGUCGCUCGUUCGCCAACCACCCGACCGAUGGCUCUCUAACGCCUGGCUGACCCACUAUCAAUCCCUGCUACUGGACGUGGACCGUGUCCAGUUCGGGUCCCCAGUCAGCCUAAAUCCGGCCACCCUCCUGCCUCUGCCCGGGGAGAGCGACGGACAUGACUGUCAACAGAUCUUGGCAGAGGUACUGAGCGCCCGACCAGACCUAAGUGAUCAACCCCUGAAAGAAACCGACCACACGUGGUUUACAGACGGUAGCAGUUUCCUCUCUGAUGGGCGCCGCCUUGCUGGAGCUGCAGUGACCACGGACUCUGAGGUAAUAUGGGCCCGGGCUCUGCCAGAAGGAACCUCGGCUCAAAGAGCAGAGCUAGUUGCCCUUGCCCAAGCUCUAAAGUUGGCAGAAGGAAAAAGACUUAAUGUUUACACUGACAGUCGGUAUGCCUUCGCCACCGCCCACAUACAUGGAGAGAUAUACAGGAGAAGGGGGCUCCUCACCUCUGCAGGAAAAGAAAUCAAAAACAAAAAUGAAAUUAUAACUCUGUUAGAAGCUAUAUUUCUCCCCAAAAGACUCAGCAUCAUGCACUGUCCGGGCCACCAAAAAGGAGAAGAUCCUGGGGCAAGAGGAAACCGCCUGGCUGACCAAGCGGCAAGAGAGGCCGCCACUAAGGAACAGACACUUUUACUGGUAGCCCAUUCGAGCCCGGACAGAAAGGCUAGAGAAAAUAAUUAUUCAGAAGAAGAUCGAAAGCUCUACCGGGAGAUGGGAGCCACCUAUGACGAGGAGAAUCGAUGCUGGGAAUACCAGGGGAAAUUGGUUCCUCCCAUGAGAGAGGUACGAGAACUCCUCGAUCAACUUCACAAGUGGACUCAUCUGAGCCCAUCAAAACUAAAGACGUUACUAAAAAGAGAAGAGGCCCUAUGUUAUCUCCCACAAAGAGACGCCAUCCUACAAGAAAUAGCUAGCAGGUGCCGAGCCUGCGCCUUGGUCAAUUCCCACAAAGGUAAAAUGGGAACGGGAUCCAGGGAAAGGGGCCACCGCCCGGGUGUACACUGGGAAGUGGAUUUUACUGAAGUCAAACCUGGGAGAUAUGGGUAUAAAUAUUUACUAGUUUUCAUAGAUACCUUCUCGGGUUGGCCCGAAGCUUUCCCCACUAAAACUGAAACUGCAAAAACUGUGACGAAGAAACUGUUAGAAGAAAUUUUUCCCCGCUAUGGGAUGCCUAAGGUAAUAGGAUCUGACAAUGGGCCCGCCUUCGUCUCCCAAGUAAGUCAGAUGGUGGCCAGACUAUUGGGGAUUAAUUGGAAGUUGCAUUGUGCUUAUAGACCCCAGAGCUCAGGACAGGUAGAAAGAAUGAAUAGGACAAUAAAGGAGGCAUUGACUAAAUUUUCACUUGCAACUGGCACAAAGGAUUGGGUGGACCUCUUACCCCUGGCCCUAUAUCGGGCCAGGAAUACCCCGGGCCCCUUUGGGCUCACCCCCUUUGAAAUUCUUUAUGGAACCCCUCCCCCCGCAGUAGCCUUUCUAGACUCUGAUGUAUCUAACUUUGCAAGUUCUCCUUCCUUGCAGGCCCACUUAAAGGCCUUGCAGUUAGCUCAUGAAGAAAUUUGGAAACCUAUAGCAGCAGCUUACAAAGACUCCUCUGACACCCCUAUUGCCCCCCACCCGUUCCAGCCUGGCGACACUGUCUGGGUGAGAAGACACCAGACACGGAAUCUUGAGCCCCGCUGGAAAGGACCUUACACCGUCCUGCUGACAACCCCUACCGCGCUCAAGGUAGACGGCAUCGCUACUUGGGUCCACGCUUCACACGUCAAGGCCACGAACCCAGAACACAGGGAACUACUCGGCAAAGAGAGAUGGCGGCUGACCCGGACACCCAACCCCCUAAAGAUAAGACUGGUCAAAGAAAAAUGAUAAUCAUGUUACUCUGGGUAAAUCUAUUUACUUAUGAAUUUGCUCCCAGUAAUGGGAGCCCCCAUACAGCUGUGCCGACCACCUGGCGAGUAAUUAAUCAAAUGGGCAUUGUAGUGUUUGAAGUCC